CAUCUUGGAGCCGGGCAAAAAAAGCUAUGCGUGGCCUACCCUCGCUCCGGGCCACGCGGAAACCGCCGUCCGCAGGGCCGCGAGAAGGACUCGGAGCAAGGAGCACUCCAGCAGCACGGCGCCUCUCAAGAAAGCCCGCGCUCUCGGGCGGGGGAAUUUAUCACUCAGCCAGAGUCCAAGAUGGCGACGGGCUGUGACGUAAAGAAGAUCUCGUGAGAGAGUGAGGGCGCGAUUUGGAGGAGCCCGCGCGAACGCUCGAGGGGAGGGACUCCCCAAGGAUCGCGGGAGCGUCUCCAGUGGUGAGGAAGAGGCCGGCAGUGGGGCGUGAGCGCCGCAGCGCAUGCCGGGAUCGCCGCCCCUUAGGCGGGGCCUAACUCGAGCUCGGAGCGCGGGACCGAGGAAAGUACGGGUCCCGGGAGGGUUGCCGGCGCUCUGGAAGUCGCGUGAAGUGUGGUGGCUCUUGAGGAGUGCAAAAAUAAAACGCCUUCGAUAUUGCAAGUAGAUUAGAGGGAAGUGAGAAAGCUUCUAAAGAUGAAGGCGUUUCCGACCAUCUGCAGGCAGCUCAGAAGCUCAAGGAGGUUUUCUCUAGAACCAACCGCCCAUGUGGAUUUCUCCACUUCUUGCGCAUGUAGCCGAAAGAAAAAGGUGAGCCCUUAUAAAGAAGUGGACCAAGGAAAGUACUCCGAUUUAGUACAGUCUGUCUUGUCGUCCAGAGGCCUUGCUCAGACUCCAGAAUCCUUGUUUGAGGAAGAUAAUUUACUGUAUGGCCCUGUGAGUAAGUGUAAGCCCCCAAAGCAAGAUGAGAAAGCAAGAGUUCCAGGAAACUGGUGUCCUCUCUUCAACCCAGAGAGAAUAAAGCUAAAUGCAACAAGUACUCCUACAAUUCCUUUGAAAAUCCCUCUGCAAAGAAAUAUGAUACCAAGUGUGACCAAGAUCCUUCAGCAGACCAUGACAUCGGAACAGAUUUUCUACUUGGAGAGGUGGAAAAAGCGGAUGAUUCUGGAACUGGGAGAAGAUGGCUUUGAAGAGUAUUCCUCAAACCUAUUUUUACAAGGGAAACGGUUCCAUAAAGCCUUAGAAAGCAUACUUUCACCCCAAGGGGACUUGAAAGAGAGAGAUGAGAAUCUUGAAUGUGGAUAUGUUGAAAGUGUCCAGCAUAUUCUGAAAGAUGUCAGUGGAGUGCGAGCUCUGGAAAGUGCUGUUCAACAUGAGACCUUAAAAUAUGUGGGUCUACUGGACUGUGUGGCUGAGUAUCAGGGCAAGCUGUGUGUGAUUGAUUGGAAGACAUCGGAGAAACCGAAACCUUAUAUUCGAAAUACAUUUGACAACCCACUGCAGGUUGUGGCCUAUAUUGGUGCCAUAAAUAAUGAUGCCAACUACAGCUUUCAGGUUCAGUGUGGCUUAAUUGUGGUGGCCUACAAAGAUGGAUCUCCUGCCCACCCACAUUUCAUGGACACUGAGCUCUGUUCCCAGUACUGGGCCAAGUGGCUUCUUCGACUAGAAGAAUAUACACAGAAGGAAAAGAACCAGAAUAUUCAGAAACCAGAUCAGGGGACAGAGUGAUGUUUGGGAAGCUCUAUUGCUGUUUACUAUAGAGAUGCCACAGGAUCUGAGAGCUACAUAACACAAGUGGAAGCAUUUGUUGAAAUGUAUUACAACUAAAAAGUUCAAAAGCCAGAAAAGUUUAGAUCUUAAGGAUUGGAAUUGGGCACAGGAAAGAAGCACAAGUAGGCAACGUCUAUCAUUUACCUGGAAAAGGGCAAGCAGGCACUGGUGGCUCUGGGACUCCCCCUUAGAAGUUUCUGUAUCCCAAGCAGGAUGCUCAGUCCUUGAAUUGAGAUUGGAGGGUGGGAGGUUUGGCAUGCAAGGAGUUCCCCAGGGUACCCCAGGAGGGAAGGGUCUGCACACCCCCAGGCUAUGUAUAGAGGGAGAACAUAGGCCAACUCCUUCUGUCAAUGUGGUUUCCUAAAACUAGUUUUAUAUGUUGAAGAUUUCUAUAUAUUUGGGGAAGGGGGAAGCUUUCAUUUAACAUUUUUGAAAAAAUUCAUUUUUUUCAUAUUUAAUGUGAUUCUUUAGCCUUAAGUAAACAUUGUUCUCUGGGAAAAUUCAAAUUCUCAUAUGAAUUAUGAGAUUCAUAAUUAUGGAUAUUUUAGUAGCUCUAUUCUGGUUUGAGUCCAUGAGCCAUGUACAUAAAGUAAAAGUAUCACUUGUGAGAUUCUUCAGCUAGGGGGAGCAAUAAUUUUUGUGUUUUUGGUAAGUAAUAAAAAGUAUUAGUUGUCACUGAGAUGCCCAUAAUAAAUCCCCACUAUAGCUUUGGGGAAAGGCUCCCUGUUUUAUGGAAUGGGAUAGCAUUUAAGUUACAGUUGUGGUCUUAGAAUACUAGGGUGCUACAAUUAAUUUUGUCUUUAAUUAGCUAUAUUAAGAAAUAAAAUACAAGAUGUGAGUAAAGUAA